ACCGCAAGGCACUGUGGGAAGAGGGAAGCCGCGGCGGUGCAUGCUGGGUAACGUGACCUGUGACGGAGGACACAUGUGUGCGAAUGGUGUUCGCUGCUCAGCUAUAAAGAAGUAUCUGGCUGCAUGAAGACUUUUAGGCUGCAUGAAGAUUGUCAGCCACUAUGGGCAUGCUGCAGAUCCUCUCUCUGGCAUCAGGAUGGCUAGUAAAAGUACAACCUGUGUGCAGACAGACCAGUGUCGUUCAUUACCGGACUCUAGUAAAGCACAGGCUGUUCUCCCUGCCAUUCAGGACUAUUUCUGACUAUGCAGGGUCUGGCCAUAAUUCAGAGCUACCAGAGGAGGACAACUUUGGGACAUUGUCUGACAAACAUUCCUCAAGAACUAUGUUCUGGAAAACUUCUCCAGAGCUCCAGGACAUGCGUUAUGAAGAGGACGAGGACGUUGCUGAUCAUCAGAGGUACAGGGGAAGAAGAAACACGCCGUACUGGUACUUCCUACAGUGUAAGUCCAAAAUAAAAGAAGGCAAGCUAGCAGAGGCCUUAGAGCUCUUUGAGGUAAACAUGCUGAAAGAAGAACGACUACAGCCUGCAGAAAGCAACUACACGGUUCUUAUGGGAGGAUGCGGGAGAGCUGGAUAUGUUAAGAAGGCUUUCAAGCUGUAUUCAGAUAUGAAAAAGAGAGGUCUGGUACCCACAGAUGCCACGUAUACUGCUCUCUUCAAUGCCUGCGCUGAGUCACCAUGGAAAGACUCUGGUCUACAACAUGCCCUGAAACUGCGAAAGGAAUUGAUGGAUAAGAACAUCCAACUUAACCCCAUCACUUAUCGAAGUUUGCUUAAAGUUUGCGCCCUGAAUUCAGGACUACAAGAUAGCUUUGAGAUAUUCAAGGAAAUGGCACAAAAGUUCUGUGUCACCGGUCCCGAAACAUUCAAUGUUCUGUUUAUGGGAUGCAUAAAGGAUGAAAAGCUGGGCUUCCUCUAUGCUCUGCAGCUUUGGAGGCAGAUGCUACAUAUGGGUGUAAAACCAGAUAUCAACACUUAUAACUUACUUAUUCGUGCCACCAGAGAUUGUGGCAUUGGUGGUGCUGCUGAAGCUCUACAUUUACUCACCCAGUCCAAGGAUCUGGUACCAUUGAGUUUAGGUGUAGGCAAAGAGGAGCAAGGCAGAAAAAGCCAUGGGAUCAAGAAAAGAAAAGAAGGCCGUCAAGGGUCAGGGAGGCAGCAGCUGCUCUUGGACAGUUCCUCAUCUGUUAGUGGUGUUACUGGCAGUGAUGGUGCCGCUAUGGAAUUAGCAGGUUCACAGGAACUUGCUCAGAUGAGUAGGGAUCAUCGUUUUCCCAGUGUACCAUCUUUUGAUUCCAGUAAUUUGCCAAACCUCUUGGACCUGACUAUAAAUACAACUAACAUGGUGUCACUUGCAAAUGUCCAUACCCCAUCUGACAGACUUGCACUGAUCGGUGACUUAGGGGGCAUUCUUCAUAAAAUGAAAGAAGACAAAGUAUGUCCUACAAUAAAGACCUUUACACUUUUGGCUGAAGUAGUGAAACCAGAUGUGGAGUCAGAAGCUACACUACUGGACAUUAUUGGUACAUAUGGAAUACAGCCUGAUCUAACGUUUUUUAACACUUUGGUGUUGAAGCGAAGCAAAACUAUGAACCUAAAGUCCGCUUUGGAGCUGCUGCCUACAAUGGCACUAAAUGGAAUUGCACCUAACAUGCAUACCUUUUGCAAUCUUGCAAGGGCAUGCCUUAAGAAAGAAGAAGGUUUACAGCUCCUGAAAGACAUUAUGAUUGCCGGAUUCCACCCAAAUAACAAUGUAUACAGCACGCUGAUUAAUGCUGCCAUCAAGCGGUUAGACUAUGACUAUCUAAUCAAUAUUCUGAGGGACAUGAGGAGCAGAAAUGUUAAACCUAAUGAGGUGGUGAUCCGUCAGUUGGAAUUUGCAGCGCAGUACCCACCAAACUUUGAUCGAUACCUAAAGAAGAAUGUGUUCUUAGAGAAGAUAGAUGGCUUCCGUGGCUACUACACCCGUUGGCUGGAAUGGAUGGAUGCUGAAGAAACCGAACACCCAUGGCAGAAAUAUCGGACUAAAGCACAGAGUGAUUCCGAAACCAAUUAAUACUUUGAGUAAAUGAUAAACGUUUAACUUGUAUGAGUUUGUAUAUUCUGUACUAUAGAUCAGAUUUAAUGUAUAUGCUUGCUGAAUAAAAGAAAAUCUUUUA